GCUCAGCUGAGAGCUGAGUUCAAGGAACGGAUCUCUCCUCCUUGCGCAAGUUCAAAAGAGUUGUGUGUUUGUCCUCUGAGUUUUUAAAAUGAUCUGAACCUAUCAUUUUUUGGUCCUUCGAGAGCCGGAGCGGGACAGUUGCUGACUGACGCUGGAGGAGACGAACACCGAAGACUGUCUGACAGCCAGGAUCAUCAGUUGACCUGAAGAGAAGUCCUGAACCGUGAAUUCGUCUUCAGGCCGGUGAUUAGCUUCGCUCCUCCAGCGCCGUUCAUCGCUCUCCCGGAGUCCGAGGGGACGUAACACCAACUGUAACAGGUGCCACUGAUACAGCCAGGAGACUGGGUGCUGGUCAAGGUCAUCAAACGGAAGUGCUGGUCAAACCCGAGGUGGGACGGUCCAUAUCAAGUUCUACUGACAACACCAACAGCAGUGAAAAUCGCUGAAAGAUCUACGUGGAUUCAUCUGAGUCACUGCAAGAAGGUGGAGCCACUUACUUCGGAGUAAAGGUGGAAGUCUGGUUACAAAGGGGGAAAUUCCUUAUAGUGGUUUUUUCGUCUCAACCCAGUGAAGACAACAACUGAUCCCUACUCCUUUAGAAUGGCGCCCUUCUGCAGCCUCAUAAUUAUUUUCAGCGUGAGCACACUGCUAAUUUUAGGAGCAACAUCUUCAUUAAAUUACACCCAGUACCCACAUGAAUAUGCAACCAAUGAAUGGUGGCAGUUAAUGAACGUCACAGCUCAUGUUAAUAAUUGGACAAAUUGUUAUGUGUGUGCACAUAUGCCAGUGGCAGGACACAAUACUGGACUGAGGCCUUACAAUGUUAGCUGGGAGCACUCAUGGUGUCUCUAUGGGUUGGCUACACAUCCAGGGAGAAGAGCUAAAUGGAGUGAAGCAAAUUUUACCUCAAUUCUUAACGUAAAGGGGAUAAGUUCUCCCAUUAAUAGAAACUGUUCUAUGUUAACAGAUUUGCUCACUUGGCCCCAGUUAGCUAACCCCCUUCCUGAGGUACUGAUGUUGACUCAUUUGCCAGAGAAAGCUUUUCCAGCAUGUGUUAUAGCAAAUGGAACCAUCAAGGUGGGUAGAUUACCAGCCACUCUCUGUAAUGCUACCUAUUCGUACUGUCCACCAACAGAUGAGAGACAAUGCCUGACCUGCCUCAAAAAUAUUGCUUGUUAUAAUAAUCUAACUGUACGGAGGAAGGAAUGUCAGUCUGACCUGGCCUACAGAAUACAGAUGGACAUUGGAGAGCUGAGUCAGUGCUCACGAGUAGCACCAGGACCCAAGGGAACAAGAGUGUUAGCGGAUUGGUAUUUCAUCUGUGGUCACAAAGCAUACGUGUCCCUUCCCCCAGAUUGGGGAGGCCUGUGUAGUGUUGCAUAUGUGUCAGAUCAUGUCUUUUUCAUGCAGUACCAGGCCAGUCAUACACAUCACAAGACGAAGCGACAGGUUGGAGAGUGGCUCACGAGCCAUUCAGAAGUCCCAGAGGAGCUCCGGAUUUGGGGAGUCGGAGCGAAGAUUGCCCAGUCUAUCUUUCCAGGAAUUGGACUGGGAUUUGUGCGUGACCAAGUGGAAAUAAAUCGCUAUGCACUAUUACGUCUGGUAAAUACAACUAUAGCUCUAGGACAAGGAACUUUAAAAGAGUUAAGUUCACUCAGAGCAAUGGUGAUGCAAAACAGGAUAGUAUUAGAUCUUUUGACAGCGUCCCAGGGUGGCGUGUGUAAGAUUAUUGGUAAGACAUGUUGUACUUACAUCCCAGAUGAAGAUGAUGCUGGUGGAGCCAUAAGGGAGGCACUCGACAGACUGACUGAAUUACAGAAAUAUGUACAACAGCACACUCAGGAAAGCCAGAGUGAUUGGUUUUCCUGGCUAAAUGCGGGAACUUGGUGGCAGGUAUUGUUGAAAUGCCUGACUUCUGUUUUGUGUGUGUUAGUGUUGAUUUGUGUGUUUACAAUGUGUAUUCUGCCCUGCAUCAGAUCCAUGAUAACAAAGAUUUUUACUGGUUAUGUUGUGUCAUAUUUGCAGCUUCAGAUGGUCGACCAAGACGCUGAAAUGCCUCAGGAUAUUUUGUAAAUAUGUAUAUAUUUGGCAAUGAAUGAAACCCACACUGAAAAUGUGCAAGCAAGUGGUGUGGCGUGGAAAAAUAUGCCAGUGAAGUUAUGAUAAACAGGGGGGAAAUGUUGGAGUUAUGGUAUAAAUUCCAUUCUGUUUAUUAUAAAUUAUCAUAUCUUCUGUUUGUAUAUUUUCUAUAAGUUGUUUUAUGUGCAUAUGAUACUGUUGUUUUUAUGUUUGAAAUGGGAACACG